UUUGACGCGCUCCGGCCACCGUCGUCGACGUCACCCCCCCCCCUGAUGGCGCGGCCCUCUGCGUCCGCUCCGUCAAGUUAAACGUUUCCCCAUCUUCAUUUUGAACUCAAUGUCAAUUUUAAUUUUGCGGGCAAUAAAACAACGACGACAACAACAACAAACUAAACCAUAGGGGUCAUGGCGUUGCCCUCGAUCGCCGUGGUCAGUUGCAGCGACAGCUUUUCGGCGGAGGAUCUCGUGAAACAGGUUCUGGGGAGCGAGGGCUCGGCGGACGAGAGCGUGACGAGCGAUGACGGCGUGGAGUCAUUCCCGUGGCGCAUCGACAACAAGUACUACUCGGCCAGCGUGCGCCUCUGUCCCCUGCGGAGCAAGUCCCUGGUGUCGCGUGAGUUCGGCGACUCGGUGCAGGCCUUCCUCGCCUACUUCGACGCGUCCAAGAAGGGGGCGCUGGCGCAGGUGUCGGAGUGGCUGUCGUUCUCUCAGCACUGGGUGCCAUCGGUGCUCGUGCUAGUGUGCGACCGCGUCGACGAGCAAGGUGUCUCUCGCAGGGAGGCACAGGAGUGGUGCAUCCAGUCGGCAUUUGAGUUGGUUGAGUUGAGUCCCCUUGAGGCCCUGGAUGAGGAUGAUGACUUCCCAGAGACGACUGGCAUCAAGAGGAUCAUUCAGGCCCUGAGUGCCCACGUGUGGCCUAACCUACAGAUGAAAGAGCGGACGGCCGGGGGGAUGCUGAGCUGCGCGUUGGGGGCCCUGGAGGGUAGGCGAGCGGGUCCCGGCACGCACAGGCAGUUCGACGAGGACGAGGAGGAAGGGGAGGAGGUUGACGCGGUGGAGGAUGAGGUGGAAGAGGAGGAGGCGGCGCAGGAGGCUGAGAGAGUCACCCCACAGCCGAACGGCGAGAGCAGGGGGGCGGCUGUGGAAUCGCUGCUGCAGACCGACAUCCAGGAGUUGGCGGCGCUCACCACGGCCGACUCGGCCGAUUGCGAGAACUUUGAGCGCCUCUACGAGAAGCUACGCGAGAUGAAAGACAGAGCAGUGACGAUGCCACACGGCCAGCGCAAGGUGCACGCCGAGAAGGUGGCCAAGGCGUUUUGGAUGGCUAUCGGAGGAGACCUGGAUGAAAUCGAUGGACUGUCAUCUGGGGAAGAUUGAGCCCCUUAAGACGAGGGGAUUAUGGCCUUCACAAGGAUCGCCUGCAAACUACUUUAAAAAACGCCUUUUAACGAAUCCCCACGCUACGCCCUGCAGCUGUUCAUCUUUGCUCCACAUUAGAAAUAGUUUCUCUUUGGACAACACCCUGCUAAGGGAUAUCAACUCGUCAAAUAUAGUCUUAAGUAAUUUCCGGCUCAAAUAAGAUCCGAGAGCAUCUUGUGUUUACAGCCCUGAACCAGUGGUGGAAAUUCUACAUUCCUACGGAGGGGAUGAUUCUCUCCACAGAAUAACCACUGUUGACUCCCCCACAAAGUGAUACUUAUUUUAUCGUCCCCACAGGGAUGAUUGGCUGAGUCAACCCCCCACCACAACCGCGGGUUGAACCCUCAAUCUUCUAAUUGCGAGCUGCUCCCUGCUGCUGUUUUCUGUCUAAGCCCCGAAUCAACCUUCACUCAGUGGGGGAGGUCGCUCCUUCUCCUUUGCUGCCCCAGCCAUCAGGAAGUCUCUUCCCCCCAGCCACCAUUCUCGCCGACUCCCUGCUCUCAUGGUUUGAGUCCAGGCUCACGUCAUGACUUGCCUCUGCCUAUGCCUGGCUGCCUCUCUCUGUGAAACAAGUAUUCCCACUGUCUUGAGAUGUAGCCUCUUGAGAUGUAGCCUCGUUUAGACGCCGUUUAAGUACAGCGAGUCCUCGUUGAACGCGGCAGUAGACGCCUUCCUGAAAAGUGCCCCGUUAGGUUAAGUAAGCGCGUUGAGCGAAAACAGUUUUCCCGUGAAUAAUGUCACGAUAAAGUCCUGACGAAAUACGAUGUAUUUCGUACACCACGCAGUGAGAUGGCGGGACAAACACCUUGGGGUACGCCGCAAUUUUUACUGUAUCACUCCGCGUACCGUAUCACACCGCUCGGCCGCACAGCAGCUCAAGAAAGUAGUUUUCCAUAGACCGUUCGGAAACCGCAUUGUAACGGUCCGCGCUCCGUUUCAUAACGGGCGCGUUGCGCGAGAUAUGUUGCCUCAUGCAAGAACUGCGUUAAAGCGAAAACGCGUUGAGCGACGGACUUUCCGUACACAUUGUAUUGGAUAUAGUGCCUCUAAUGGUUGCAGGGGUCACGUGAAGCCAUUAUGCAACACGUUGAAAAUAGCUGUCACGCUCGUGAUUCACGCAUGCAUCAUGAGCACAUUAGAAAGUUCUACUGCACGGUAUCCAUGCCACAGGCUGCGCCCUCCACCCUCCGUCUCAAUAGGCUCGUGACCUACGAUUUCAGAACGUCUCAUGUAAUGGAUUCACAUUGCAUCAGCAAGUAGAGGCCGCUGCACUGACCAAAUCCUUGAAACAGAACCCAUUCUUGAAACAGAACCCAUUUUCGAAUCGAACUGUGACCAUGAAUUGUCACGAUUGUAUUUGGGCAAAGGGAUGAAUUGUCAACACCCCCACGCCCGCGCCACCCACCACCGCCCACACAGUCGUCACAGACCACACUGAAAACGAAACGGAGGUUGUGGUGCAUGGCCACAUCUGCAAUACACCCGGGGUGCGUACAGUGGCCAAGAGCGCUUAUUGAACGACCUGUUUAGCCCGCAGCCGUCCCUUGGGCUACGGCGAAUCUGGGCGACUGCCCUUGGCCCCACGUUUUGAGGGGUGGGGUGGAGGCUUCGACGUCACAGUGUCGGAUGUGCUACUCCCGGUUUGGUUUGAAGGCGUGGCGGGGUGGGGGGAGAUUCUCCGUGUCCCGUACCCUCCCUAUGGACGACCCUGCCCAUAGCGCGUCGUCGUAACCGGAGCUUAACGCUGCGCGGAGCCGCCUCGCUGAACGUCGCGUCGUUCGUGUCAGAAUCCAGCCAAUCGGAGGAAGAGGCGCCGCUCAUUGGCUGAGCGGUUGCGUGACGUUGCGGGGCGCUCGGCGUCACCAAAGGCAGCGUUCAAUUGGAGCCAGCGCCCCGGACACGCCUCGUCGUGUCGCCACGGCAGAGCGCUCUGCACAUUGGAAACGCACCACGCUACCCCCACCCCCCCCACCGGCUUACAAACCAUUAUCGGAGCCGCGACAAUUAGAGCGCUUUGUUUUUGUUUGUGUGCCUUCGCGUCGUGUCGAGUGUCCUUGUGAAAAUCCGGCGCUCAUGCCAGCCAUCGGAACCCGAUACGUGGCCGUGGUGCUUGGUAACUCGGGCGACGUGGGGGUGUUUUUUGUUGUUGUUUAAACGUCGGUACAGUUGUCGUUCGCAAGUGCGCCUGCACUCGAUCGCACCACCGCCGCUGCACGCAAGCAGGUUUGAUAUGGAGGGGGCCGUCCGUAAAUGACGUCGAGAAAUGUGACGUCACGUGAAAAAUACGCAACUUUAAAUAAGUAUAGACAACACGUUCUACUUAAUUAAAUAGACUUUUUUUUUUAUAAAUGUUUUCUCCUACAACAUCAGAGUGCAGCGGCACAUUAAAUACGCGCUACAAUGACAAUAGUUUAAAGCGAUUUGAAGCAUGGGUUCUUUUAUUUUUUUGGGGGGGGGGGCAGAGCUUUGUGACGUCAUAUUUCAGGGGGGGGGGCUGACUUUUUGUGACGCCGUGUGAUGAGGGGAGGGGGGGGGGUCCAAAAUCGCGUGACGUCAUUUAUGGACGGCCCCUGGGCUGCUGCGUUCAUUCUGCACGCGUUAGCCAACCCGCACAGACCAACGUGGUGAAGUGUGGUCAAAGAAUCCCCCUCUGAAUACCCGCAAAUUCGUGGGGUGGAAUUACUCAUCCAACAGUGAAUUGGCAAAAAAAAAUGUUGAUAAAUUUACUGAAAUAACAAACAGGCCAUGUGUACAAACCUAAGCAUGCUGCUACCUUAAGUCUGCCUAUUCCAUUGUCUCUAGUUGUGCCUACAGUAAAAAAAAAUAUAAUUAGAUCUAACUGUUCUUUGUUUAACCAGGAAAGCCUGACUUGAGUCUCAAGACGUGUUAUCGAGGCGGUUCCUGCUACAUCAGUAUGGUUGGCGUUGAAUGAAUGUCAUUGUCAAAUGAGCGUUUUGCUUUGUUGGAGGAAACCCACCACACACACGAGGGAGAUGAUGUUUCUAAAGCUCCACAAAGAUUGAUUCGAGAAUGUUUUGCUGUACUGCCAUCUGCUGGCCCAACUUGCUUUCCUGCGUCGACUCUGCUGUCUCCCCUCUAUGUGUAAAAUGAUCUUGGAUUAAUUCUAAUGUUUUUGAUCGUUUGUGUAGGCCUAAAUCGCGAAUAACGUUAAUCAAGUUAUUUCCGUAUUUUGUUUAAUGCAGGGUUCUUUCAACGCUAAUUUCCCAGGAGGCCACGUGAUACAAUGACCAUGUGUUCUGGUGGCCCAUGUGAUAUCAAUUGUAACGCGAUGUCUUCGCGAAAGCGUCGCGUUGCGUCAUGACAUUACGUGCGUAACGGCUAUCGCUAAACUGGAUCUCUUAUUUAUCUUGCUUUUGAUCUGGUUAAUCUGCAUCUCUGUGUCUUGGCGGGCCGUAGCUGAAUGCGGUCACCCACCGAAACCUCUUUUUCCACUGCACAAGCCGAGCCGUGCCGCUGACAUCACGCGGAGCGAAUAGUGGCGACGCAGUGAUGCCGGGAACUCGCCAUGUCUCAGCUGAAGUCGUGCCCAAUGAACGAGUUAGUACCUUCCCCCCACUUGGCCCUGCUUGGUCCCGUCCCCCCCCCCCCCCGUCAGAUUCAUAUCAAAAACUAAAACCAUUUAUUUUUAUUUUACCAGGUAAGGUCCACUGAGCAUAUCGUAGUUUGGUACCAGCUCGGCUCGGAUGUGCCAGUGGAAAAUUGUAUUCGAGCCUUCGGGGCCCAGGUGUGACCCGCGGGUCCCCAAUUGAAGGACUGAUGUGUUGUGCAUAAUGUUAUUUCAAGUUUUAUAUGUACACAUUAAUUGUUAUUGAGCUAGUUUCGUCAAUCAACUUGAAAUCACGAGCACUUGUGAUCACUUCGAAACCAACCGGCUUCGCUACAGGACUGGUGACGCCACAGUACGGCAUUCUCCACACACGCCGUGAUUGGUUCAUGGAGCCCAUAUCAUUUCGAAUGCCGGCUUAGUGAUUGGCCGCAUCAAGCUACAUGCGCGUGUGUGUUGGUGGAGGUCUGGUUGUCGACUGAAUUGUGUAUGUAGUGGUGGUGGUGAUGCAAACGUGUAGUUUUUGUACACAUUUCUAUGUACAUUGAAAAUAAACGUUGAUCAGCAGGGUGUAUACUGUA